AUGGAGCUGGGUAUUAGAGCUACAAUACUUGUUCUCGUGUGGGUGGUCCUUAACUCUGGCUUAGUUGAUAGUCAGAGGCCGGCGGUUGUGAACGUUGGUGCGGUUUUUACUUUUGAGUCCGUCAUUGGGAGAGCUGCAAGGCCAGCCAUAGAGGCAGCACUUGCUGAUGUUAAUAAGGAUACGAAGGUUCUUAAUGGGACCAAGCUCAAUUUGAUGAUGGAGGAUGCUAAUUGCAGUGUCUUCUUUGGCUCCGUUGUAGCUCUUCGCAUGAUAGAGAGACAAGUGGUUGCCAUAAUCGGUCCACAAUCAUCAGGAAUAGCUCAUAUGAUUUCUGAAGUUGCAAAUGGUUUACAAGUGCCUCUUAUUUCAUAUGCUGCUACUGAUCCAACUCUCUCUGCCCUUCAAUUCCCCUAUUUUGUACGAACAACACUAAGUGAUUCUUAUCAGAUGGCUGCCUUGGCUGAUUUAGUCGAAUUCUAUGAGUGGAAAGAGGUCAUUGUGAUCUUUACAGACAAUGACCACGGCAGAAAUGGGGUAGCUGCCCUGGAGGAUCAACUGAAUCAAAGAAUGAUAAAGAUUGCUUCCAAGAAGCGGUUAAGAGCCCGGUUCACUGACAAUGAUGUCAUGGAUGUCCUCAACAACACAAAGUUACUUGGUCCUCGUGUUUACAUCGUUCAUUCUUAUCAAGAUCCUGACUUGAGAAUCUUCAAGGCGGCCCAGAAGCUUCAAAUGAUGACAACCAAUUUUGUAUGGCUUGCAACAGAUUGGCUAGCUACUACCUUGGAUUCAUUCACUCCAGCACAGCGAUCUGCUCUCAGUUUUCUUCAAGGGGUUGUUGGGCUUCGUCAACAUACCCCCGAGUCAAACCAGAAGAAUGCUUUCAUGUCUCGGUGGAAGGAAAUGCAAAGAAAGGGAUUAGUAACUACAGAGCUGAAUUCCUAUGCGCUGCAGGCUUAUGAUACUGUUUGGCUACUUGCAUACGCAAUCGAUAGGUUUAUCAAUGAAGCUGACAACUUCACUUUCUCUGCCAGAGAUAGACUUGUUGAUGAAGAUAAAUCUCACUUCCAGCUGGGGCAGCUUAAAGUUUUCAAUGGUGGAGCUGAUUUGCUUAAAAUCAUACUGCAGAUGAAUUUCACCGGUUUAAGUGGUCAAGUUCGGUUUAAAUCUGGACGAAAAGUAUUGAACCGUGGUUACGAUGUCAUUAAUAUUAACGACAUGUCUAUUCGGACAGUCGGGUUCUGGGCGAAUACUUCCGGAUUUUCGCUUGUACCUCCAGAAGAUCGCAGAGAAGAAAGUAGCUAUACUCGGCUAAAUAUGGAGCUUCGGAGCGUCACCUGGCCAGGUGGGAAAACCGAAAAACCUCGUGGCUGGGUGAUUGCUAACAAUGAAAAGCCUCUGAGAAUCGGAGUGCCCAACAGAACAAGCUUUGUUGAUUUUGUUACAGAAGUUACGCCUAAUAGCCAUAAAAUUGAAGGAUACUGUAUAGAUGUGUUUCUGGAAGCAAGGAAAUUAGUGUCAUAUGAUGUACCUUACACAUUUGUUCCUUUCGGGGAUGGCCAUUCGAACCCUAGCUACGAUGACCUUGUAAGCAAAGUUGCAGGAAAUGUGUUUGAUGCAGCUGUUGGGGACAUUGCAAUAGUGACGAACCGAACAAAGAUAGUAGACUUCUCUCAACCUUAUGUGGCUACAGGCCUCGUGGUUGUGGCUCCAGUCAGAAACUUGAAAGCAAAUGCAUGGGUUUUUCUUAAGCCAUUUACCUGGGAGAUGUGGUGCGUUACAGCAGCUUCUUUUCUCAUAAUUGCUGUGGUCAUUUGGUUACUCGAGCAUCGUGUGAAUGAUGAUUUCAGAGGUCCUCCCAAACGUCAGAUCGUGACGAUGCUCAUGUUCAGCUUCUCUACUCUGUUCAAGACAAAUCAGGAAACAACCAGAAGUCCCCUUGGAAAGAUGGUCAUGGUAGUAUGGCUCUUCUUACUGAUGGUAGUAACUGCAAGCUACACAGCCAGUUUGACUUCCAUCCUCACAGUUCAACAGCUUUCAUCACCCAUUACAGGAAUCGAUAGCUUGGUUGCAAGUAAUUUGCCUGUAGGAUACCAAGUUGGUUCAUUUGCUUAUGGCUAUCUAUCAGAAACUCUCCAUGUAGCACCAUCUAGGCUCAAACGUCUGCACAACCCUGAAGAGUAUGAGGCUGCAUUGAGGAAAGGACCUAGUAAUGGUGGAGUUGCAGCCAUAGUAGAUGAGCUUCCAUAUGUAGAACUGUUCCUUGCAAAUCGAACAGAUUUCGGAAUCAUUGGCCAAGCUUUCACCAGGGCUGGAUGGGGCUUUGCAUUUCAGAAAGAUUCUCCACUCGCCAUCGACAUUUCCACAGCAAUCCUGAAGCUUUCAGAGAGCGGAGAGCUUCAGGAAAUCCAUGAUAGGUGGUUCUGUAAGAAGGGAUGCCCUGGAGAGCAUCAGAGGAAAAGCGAGCCUAACCAACUACAUUUGAUUAGCUUCUGGGGGCUAUACCUUCUCUGUGGCAUUGUCACUCUGGCUGCAUUGCUAAUAUUCAUGAUAAAGAUGAUUCGGCAAUUCGCUAUCUACAAACAUAGAGAGUUGCAGAAUGCUACACCAUCUGAUAUCUCGACAACUACCCGUUGUUGUGAGGUAGCCUACAACUUCUUCGACUUCAUCGACGAGAAAGAAGAAGCCAUCAAGAAAAUGUUUAAAGAAUGCGAGCAUCAUCAACCGCAGGUUGUCGUCAUGGAAAGAUAG